GCGACACUCACGCACGGACAACAAAAGCGGCUAUUGUCAUCGAACGAGAAGAAAAAGAAGUGGGAGCAUAAUUUAUAAUUUUCAGUUUGUGACAAUCAAAUAAUGACACUUCCGGAGUUUUUUGGCUGCACUUUUAUUGCAUUCGGACCACCGUUCGCCCUGUUCGUGUUCAGCAUUGCCAACGACCCGGUGCGCAUCAUAAUACUCAUUGCGGCCGCCUUCUUCUGGCUGCUCUCCCUGCUGCUCUCCUCGCUGCUGUGGUUCGCUGCUGUCCCGUUGCGCGAUGUGCUCGUCUUUGGUGUGGUGUUCUCCGUGCUGUUUCAGGAGUGCUUCCGCUACAUUAUCUAUCGCAUACUGCGGAGCACAGAGCAAGGACUGCACGCUGUUGCCGAAGAUACGCGCGUCACAGAGAACAAACAUAUUUUGGCCUAUGUUUCUGGCUUGGGAUUUGGCAUCAUCUCGGCCAUGUUUGCUCUGGUCAAUGUGCUGGCGGAUAUGAGUGGGCCGGGAACGAUGGGCCUUAAGGGCGGCUCCGAAUUCUUCUUUAUCACGUCGGCGGCUCAGGCGCUGUCAAUUGUGCUGCUGCACACAUUUUGGAGCAUCAUCUUCUUCAAUGCCUUCGAUACGAAUAACUACGUACACAUUGGUUAUGUUGUGGGAACACAUCUUUUUGUUUCCCUGCUGACACUGCUCAAUGCGGAUGGAUAUUAUUGGGCCACCUUGUUGCCAAACUAUAUUGUUACAGUUCUCACCGGCGCCAUUGCCUUCAAGGUGGCGGGGGGCACGGGAAGAAGCAUCAAGCGGUUUAUUAUGUGCCGAUGAGGGAUUGAUUGCAAUUAUAAUUAAGUUAAUUCUCAUACACUGCAAAAGGCAUUAUAUUAACUUUAAUUAUUUUAAAAUAAACAUUUUCAUUUUGAGAAAUCUUAA